AUGGCCGACGAUACGCCAUCGAGUGACCACGGAAGUCCCGCUGGCAAACUUAACAAUGCUAUAUCCGACUUUGCCUCUUCUUACGUAAAGAAAGAAUUGCUGCAGUUAACCCGUGAACGAGAUGAUGCUCUUGCGCGCAGUCACGUCCCUAAGCUCCGAGCUCUCCUUAGAGAGGUCGACAAGGAGCGUCAUGCGUUUGAGCAAGAUAAGGAGAAGUUGAUAUAUGGUUUGCGCGAGAAGUUAGCGCUGCUUGAGGUCGAUGCCGAUACCAUUGAAGCUACCAUCGCAGAACUUAACCCUAUGGGGCCAAAAUAUCUGAGCGUUAUCCCCGGCGCCUCAACGUUGACCAUAAGACCCCCAACGCCUUUGAUGUCGCCGGUUCGCGACAACUAUUUCCAUACCGUUCUUGGCGCCGAUAUCUUAUCUAGUGAUACCCCGUUCGCUGCCCAAAUUCCGGGCCGAGAAAUUCUUGGCCAAGGGAUUCCCAAUGUAGUGAAAGAGCACUGCUCAAGCUCAAUGAAUAUCAACGUAUCUUCCACCCCCAAUAUAGUUUGCGAAAUAUCAAGUCAGAACAUAUCCGAAAAUUCUAGAUUCUCUCAGGCGACGAAACGAACCAGUACAGAUGAUGAUGGCACUCCAAGCACGAAGAAGCCGAGAACAGAAGAUGGAAGGACUCUAAGCCGAACUCAAUCAGAUAUCUUCCGUAAAGUUGCAUUUCCAAACUUGGUGACAUCAGAGCGCAUUUUCCGUCACUCGGAGCGGCAGGGAUUAUUCGUUAUUCGUUGUAAUCGGUCUAAAUGCUCAAGUGGCUAUUUCACGGAGCCGCCUCUAGCCUAUAAUAGAGCUCUGAAGCAUUUCCAAGGCCACGGCGAGACUGGACCGGAUGGCGAAGAACUUACAAAUGAGUAUAUCUUUGAAAACUUCGCAUGUGAGAUCGAAGGUAUCAACAUGGUGAGCAAGUAUUGGAUUAAAGAACAUCUUGGCUCGUCGCCGCAUACUUUUUCCCCUGGGAAGCCAAGAUCUCGGAAUGGUCAGGUUGACAAGGUCGAAGAUGUCGAUGAUGUCGAUGAUGUCAAAAUUGAUACAAACGAACCUUUGCGCAAACGGCAAGAUGACAAGAAUUACACGCCCUCUAAGAAGAUCCAAAAUCAUGUUCCAACCCAUGAACCAGACGAUGAGGUAGAAGCUGAGAAGCCACGCCGCACUCCUCGGAGCGUGCAACGUCCAGACUACGCUGAGAUGGUUGCUAACAAGGACCCAUGGAACCUGUCUGAUGAGGAAAGCGAGAGGGCCAUUCCACGUUCAAUGAAGGGAUCGAAGGGAUUUAUGAAGGCCGCCAACGCAACUGCGAAGUCUUCACGAUCCAGCUCUAGCAGAUCACAGGGCUCGUCGAAUACCUCGUCAAAGACCUCGACCCCGGUGCCAUCCACAUCGAGAGCGAAGACAACGCCAAGUAAGUACGUCAGCGCCUAUUCCCAUGCUGACGAACUUCAUCUCAAUGUAUCUAGGCCUUUUGGCUACACAUCGGAGCAAUGGCCGCGGCGCUCAGCGCCUAGCUAG